AAGUAAUACGAAAGUGUUGCAGCCGUAGCCAAACAUUUAAAACGCGGAUGUGAAUUGUGACGAUACCCUCUCCAUACUCUCUUCUUCUCCCAAUUUGUAAGUUGUUUCUCCCAAUUUUCAUUUCUCGCAUUCAAAUUUAUAUAAAUCCGUCUCUCUAAUACAUGGGCUGCACUGUGAGAGACAAGCACAUCCGUACAACCCGGCGGGCUCGAUCAGCCAAGCUUGAAUUCGAUCCCGACUCACCCUUCUCCAAAUCCAUACUCCAAUCGGCUCUCAAACCCUUCCCUCAAGGUAAUCUUCAUCCUAACCCUAACCCUAAUCUUGAUGACAAUAAUGCCUGGGGUUACUGUACUGAGGAACAAUUAGAAGAAAUUUUAUUGAAAAACCUUGAGUUUUUGUAUAAGGAAGCUAUUUCUAAGCUGGUUUCAUUGGGUUAUGAUGACGAUACUUCUUUGAAAGCGAUUUUGCGUAAUGGGCAUUGCUAUGGCGGUAUGGAUGUUUUAACUAAUAUACUGCAUAACUCUUUGGCUUAUUUGAGUAGUAAUUGUACCGGAAGUAAUGCGAAUUUGGAUGAAUCUGAGCCUGUUUUUAAUGAUUUAAGGCAGCUCGAGGAGUAUUCUCUUACGGCUAUGGUUUGUUUGUUGCAACAAGUUAGGCCCCAUUUGAGUAAAGGUGAUGCUAUGUGGUGUUUAUUAAUGAGUGAUCUUCAUGUAGGGAGAGCCAGUACUAUUGAAAUUCCCAUGGCGAAUGGGAAUACGAAUACUACUACUGCUACUACAAUGCAGAGCUGUCUGGAGACUGUUGGUAGCAAUGGUGUUGAUAAUGGGGUUGGUGUGGUGGCACCAGCAUUGUGCCGUUUCCAUGGUGGGUGGGGGUUUGGUAAUGGCGGAGGAUCAGAGUUUGCCGUUAAUGGGUUUUUCUCGUAUAGUGCAGAGAUGACUUUGCCGAAGGACGUAGAUUGUCCUAAGAGGUUUAACCUUUCUCCUUCGAUGAAGUCUUUAUUGAAGAGGAAUGUUGCCAUGUUUGCUGCUGGUUUUAGGGCUAAUACGAAACAGACACAGAUGCAAUCUCAGGCUCAACCUGAGUCUGGUGUGGGUAUUUUAUCAGGUGGGGAUGUAACAUUGGCUGCACAAAAGAGCGAGAUUCCAGUUGAGAAGGGCGACGAGUCGGAAAAAUCUAAAACCCAAGAUGGGGUUAGUUCGGUGUGGAAUAAGUUUCAAGAUGGGAUUUGUUCCGUGUUGAAUAAGUUUAGUGAAUUGAAUCUUGAUGAGAAUUUGGAACAUGCUGGAGAAGAUCAAAAGGAUGAGAUGAUAGUUAAUCUUCUUCACCAGAUUAAGGAUUUGGAGAGACAAGUAAAGGAGCGAAAGGAGUGGGCGCAUCAGAAAGCAAUGCAAGCUGCAAGAAAGCUUAGUGGUGAUUUAACCGAGCUUAAAAUGUUGAGAAUGGAGAGGGAGGAGACACAACGAUUAAAAAAGGGGAAACAGACUCUAGAGGAUUCAACAAUGAAGAGGCUAUCAGAGAUGGAGAAUGCUUUGAGGAAGGCAAGUGGUCAAGUAGAUCGGGCAAAUGCAGCUGUAAGACGGCUUGAGACCGAGAAUGCGGAAAUCAGAGCGGAGAUGGAGGCUUCUAAGUUAAGUUCAUCAGAGUCAGCUUCAACUUGUAUGGAGGCUGCAAGAAGGGAGAAGAGGUGCCUGAAGAAGCUUUUGGCUUGGGAGAAACAGAAAACUAAGUUGCAGGUUGACAUUGUAGAUGAGAAAGAGAAGAUCAAGGAGACGCAGAGAUGUUUGGCUAUGGUUGAGCAGGCUCAGAAGGAAGCUGAGGUGCGCCAUGUUCAUCUUUUGGCUAAAUGGAGGCAGGAAUUGAAGAUGAAAGAGCAAGCUUUAUCCCAGGUAGAGGAGGAACGUCGCUCAAAGGAAGCAGCUGAGGCCAAUAAUAAAAGAAAUCUUGAGGCUUUGCGCCUCAAGAUAGAGAUAGACUUCCAGCGUCACAAAGAUGAUCUUCAGAGACUUGAGCAGGAGCUUGCACGAUUAAAAGCAUCAUCAGAGUCUCCUGAAUUGAAUCAUCAAUUAAAUGCUUUACCCUUACGAAAGCCUGAGAAGACAAAGCCACAAGGAGAAACAAUUGCUAGACUGCUUCAUGAAUUAGAUAGACUCGAGGAUUCAUCUAAUAGAGGAGGCAGCUGUGAUAGAGAUUGCAUAAUUUGUAUGAAAGAUGAAGUUUCAGUUGUUUUUCUUCCAUGUGCUCACCAAGUUAUGUGUGCCAAUUGCAGUGAUAAUUAUGGGAAGAAAGGAAAAGCCAUGUGUCCAUGCUGCCGGGUUCCAAUUGAGCAGCGUAUCCGUGUUUUUGGUGCAAGUUCAUAAGAGCAAACGACAUGAAGAUUUCGUGUUUGCGUUCCGGGUAAUGCUUCAUAUUUUAAAUUUUACUGCAGUCAAUUGCCUUGAAUCAUAUGCUUACAGCACAAUGAGGAUGUAAGUAAAUAAGAUGAGAGAGCUUGUUUUUUAGGCUCAUGCUUUUACAUAUACUUUGCCUUGAACAUACUGCUGGUCUUCUGCAAGAUGUGGAUGUAUUAAAAUAAGACCUUAGCUUUCUGCAAGUCAAGGCUCAUUGUUUUAUCUUAAAACAAGUGAAAUGUCUGUUUCACCUCUUCUUUUUUA